UAAAAUAAAAGAUUUAUUUUAUAUUUUUUAUAGAUUAUAUAUAUAUAUUAGUCUGUGUUGAAAUAAAUGGAGCCUUAACUCAGUCUGAAACAUUUGUCGCCCUCUAACGGAAUGUAUAGGAACUACCUCUCCUCCACUCUUCGCCUCUUUAACGAUGUAAUGACCAGAGUUUAGGACAAAGCGCUGAUCCAUGUUUCUGAUUUGGAAGCAAAGACUGCGCCCCUGGUGGAUGUUUAUAUAAUAAUUAAUCUUGUCAUCAACUCAUCUGCUAAUUGUCUGUUUAUUUUCAAAGAUAAAUUUAGAGUGUGUUCAUGGAUUUAGUUGUUCCACAAGUUUCAAAAAGGAGAAGGUGAUUCUAACACCUCUCUCUCUCUCUCUCUCUCUCUCUCUCACUCACACACACUCACACUCACACUCAGAAGGGGAGGGGGGACAGAGGGGGAGCAGAUAUGAUUCCAGGGUAUUUUCUCCUCAGUCAUUUUUUUGCUCCAGUCUCUGUUUCACCGUCUCUCACUCUGCAGCUUUGAUGACGUCUUUAAUGACGUGUUUAACGACAACAGGACAACGUUUUGUGACUGUUUUGUUUUUGUUUUUUCCGUGUUGUCCUGAGCACCAACUUGAUGAAAAGAUGAAGAAAGCUGUCGUGAAAUGAAGGGAGGAACAACAUUGGACGUGGACGUUUCCUGCUGCACCUGAACUCGUCUGCUGUUCGACUCUGUGGAAGUUUUACAGCUGAAAACCCGCAGAAAUGAAGGAAAAAUGCAAGAACGCGGCGAAGACGCGCAGAGAGAAGGAGAACGGAGAGUUCUACGAACUGGCCAAACUGCUGCCGCUGCCCGCGGCCAUCACCUCCCAGCUGGACAAGGCCUCCAUCAUCAGACUGACCAGCAGCUACCUGAAGAUGAGGACCGUCUUCCCGCAGGGUCUGGGUGAGGGCAGGGGUCAGUCCACUCACCCCCCCUCUCUGGACAGAACAGCCAAAGAACUGGGUUCUCACCUGCUGCAGACUCUGGACGGGUUCGUCUUCAUCGUUGCCCCCGAUGGUAAAAUCAUGUACAUAUCAGAGACGGCGUCAGUCCACCUGGGCCUGUCACAGGUGGAGCUGACAGGAAACAGUAUCUUCGAGUACAUCCACCCAUCAGACCACGAUGAGAUGACAGCAGUGCUGGGCUUCCACCAGCCGCAGUACCACCACUUCUCAGCAGAUUAUGAAAUGGAACGUUCCUUCUUCCUGAGGAUGAAGUGCGUUCUGGCCAAACGGAACGCCGGCCUGACCUCCGGAGGAUACAAGGUCAUCCACUGCAGUGGUUACCUGAAGGUGCGUCAGUUCAUGGUGGACGUGGCUCUGUACGAAUCCUGUUUCCAGACCGUGGGCCUGGUGGCUGUGGGUCACUCUCUGCCCCCUAGUGGCAUCACUGAAAUAAAACUACACAGCAACAUGUUCAUGUUCCGGGCCAGUCUGGAUUUUAAACUCAUCUUCCUGGACACCAGGGUGGCAGAGCUGACGGGCUUCGAACCCCAGGACCUGAUAGAGAAAACUCUUUACCACCACGUCCACGUCUGCGACGUCUUCCAUCUGCGAUACGCUCAUCAUCUACUACUGGUGAAAGGUCAGGUCACCACAAAGUACUAUCGCAUGUUGUCCAAACAUGGGGGCUGGGUCUGGGUACAGAGCUACGCCACCAUCGUCCACAACAGCCGCUCCUCCAGACCUCACUGUAUCGUCAGUGUCAACUACGUCCUCACUGAAGUUGAACGUCCAGACCUGCAGCUGUCCCAGGACCAGAGCAGACCUGUGAAGUCCAGUCUCAGCAUCACGUCCACCGAGGACCACCGCAAACAACCGCAGAGAACCAGAGCGGUCAAGACGUCGUCCAAGCUGAGACCAGCUCCAUACUCUACGCGUAAGGUCCUUCAGUCAGACAGUUCCAUCUGCUCCCCACAGAGGGCGCUGUGGAAAGACAGACCCCUCAUCGAUCACCCAGUGACCCCCUGCAGGGGGAGGAGCUCCAGUUUCAGUCCUGAAUCCAGUCCCAUGUCCUGCAGCCCCGUUUACAACCGGACCCUGCGAGAUCAGCUGACUGACGGCAGAGGAACCGCAGGUUGGACCACCAACGCUCCGGCACCGUCCAAGAAAUUCUCAGGCUCGGUGCUGGUUGCCGACCGAGGCUACACUGGUGCGGGGUACCAGGACUGCCUGGACAGACAGACCAGCAGCAGUCUGAAGGAAGACCCUCACAGUCAUUACUCACAUGUCCACAACAGCAGAGCUCUGGACCAGGACCUUCUACCAAACAGAGGGGGCGUGGAGGGCCCGCGGGGGGCGCGGACCCUGACGUGGCCCCUGCUCAGUGGACUGGUGUUGAGUAAAGGAGAUCGGGUCGGAUCCCUGCGCGGUCUGGGUCAGGUGGUGCUGGAGCAGAGGAGGCUGUGUGUGAUGGACCCCCCCUACGAUCAGACCGCUGCUGCGGGGUACCAUCACGGCCCCGCCCCUCAUCUUCACCAUCGUCAUCAGGCCCCAGCCGCCGCCGCCGCCGCCGCCGCCCCGCCCAGGGCCGCAGAGGAGGACCGGAGGAAGCUGACGGGACUGGAACUCCCGCAGACGCCGUACAGGUCCUGGAACUUUCAGCAGGUUCUGGGGAAACACGGUUGCACCAAACCCCCUCCUCUGAGCCACAGCGCCGCCGCCCAGGGUCACGGGGUCAAAGACUCGGCUCCGUACGGCUGUAACAGUCGGACACACAGCUCCGGCUCGUCACCUGAGAGUCACGCUGACGCUCCUCAGUUCAUCGGCACCUCCGUCAUCAUCAGCAACGAGAGGUGACGAGGACAGGGGGCGCUGUAAUCCAUCCUAAUCUGAGAAAAG